CCAAAUCCUAAUCUGAUUCCCGCGGGAACAAUAACUCAAAAAAAGGAGUUUGCCCUUGUUUUACGGAGUCACUAGAUUGCAAUUUUAAAAUUUUGCAACUCCUUCCAUGACAUACUAAAACAUUUAUUUGAUUCUUCAGUUGAGUUCAGCACCAUUAAUCAUCAUCCUUACUGGGACUAUAAAUAGCCCCCCAGAUUCAUAAAGGCCCCAUAUCUGUCUUUUGAUGUUGUGGUACUUGUAUAUUGUCUUUGGGGAUACUUUCUGAAGCAUAGUUGCAUCUGGGGUCGGUGUUGCUCUGUUCUUGGAGAGGAAAGUUUGUUCUUUUGAUUGAGUUGUUCUUGUUUUUUGCUGGUUAAAAAAGGAAGAAGAAGAUGACUGUGGGGGCUGGGAUUUCUGUGAGUGAUGAUGGGAAAUUAAUGGUGUUGGGCGACUGCAUUCUGCAUGAUGUUCCUGACAACAUCGUGGUGACUCCUGCCUCUGGUGGUGCAUUGGCUAAUGGAGCUUUCAUUGGAGUUGUUUCAGAUCAGAUGGGGAGCCGCAGGGUCUUUCCCGUCGGCAAGCUUGAGGGAUUGCGUUUUAUGUGUGUUUUCCGAUUCAAAAUGUGGUGGAUGACACAGAGGAUGGGAACUUGUGGUCAAGACAUCCCCUUUGAAACCCAAUUUUUAAUCGUCGAGGCACGUGAUGGCUCUCAUUUUGACAUAGAAAAUGAAGACGAAUCUGCUGCAUAUGUCGUGUUUUUACCAAUUCUUGAAGGGGAUUUCAGGGCUGUUCUUCAAGGCAAUGAAAGAAAUGAGUUGGAGAUUUGCUUGGAAAGUGGAGAUCCUGCUGUUGAUGAGUUUGAGGGGGGUCAUUUGGUUUUUGUGGCAGCUGGAUCAGAUCCAUUUGAUGUUAUCACCAAUGCAGUGAAGUCUGUGGAAAAACAUUUACAGACCUUUUCUCAUCGUGAGAGAAAGAAGAUGCCAGACAUGUUAAAUUGGUUUGGCUGGUGUACAUGGGAUGCUUUCUACACCAAUGUCACUUCUGAGAGUUUAAAGGAAGGAUUGGAGAGCUUGGAGAAAGGUGGGAUUCCUCCAAAGUUUGUUAUUAUUGAUGAUGGGUGGCAAUCUGUUGGCAUGGAUCCAAAUGGAACUGAAUUCAGAGCUGAUAAUGCAGCCAACUUCGCGAACAGAUUGACACAUAUUAAAGAGAACCAUAAGUUUCAGAAAGAUGGCAAAGAGGGUCACAGGGUAGAGGAUCCCGCCUUGGGGCUUCGCCACAUUGUCACUGAAAUUAAAGAGAAACAUGCUUUGAAGUAUGCUUAUGUUUGGCAUGCAAUAACAGGGUACUGGGGAGGUGUUAGACCAGAUGUUACCGAAAUGGAACACUAUGAAUCCAAAUUGGCUUACCCUAUUUCAUCUCCUGGAGUUCAGGCAAAUGAGCCUGAUCAAGCUUUGGACAUGAUAAUUAAGAAUGGCCUUGGCCUUGUUAACCCUGAAAAAGUUUUUAACUUCUAUGAUGAACUUCACUCAUACCUUGCAUCAGCUGGUAUCGAUGGAGUCAAAGUUGAUGUUCAGAACAUCCUUGAAACUCUUGGGGCAGGCCAUGGUGGAAGAGUGAAACUUGCUAGAAAAUACCAUCAGGCUUUAGAGGCAUCAAUCGCUAGGAACUUCUGUAACAAUGACAUAAUCUCUUGUAUGAGUCAUAACACAGAUGGUUUGUACAGUGCAAAACGAACAGCUGUUAUUAGGGCAUCAGAUGAUUUCUGGCCAAGAGACCCGGCAUCCCACACAAUUCACAUUGCCUCAGUUGCAUACAAUACUGUUUUUCUUGGGGAAUUUAUGCAACCAGAUUGGGAUAUGUUUCAUAGCCUGCACCCAAUGGCAGAAUACCACGGAGCAGCUCGUGCUGUUGGAGGAUGUGGUAUUUAUGUCAGUGACAAACCUGGGCAACACGACUUUAAACUACUCAGGAAGCUUGUACUUCCUGAUGGUUCAAUAUUGAGAGCAAAACUUCCAGGAAGACCUACAAGGGAUUGCUUGUUCGGCGAUCCAGCCAGAGAUGGCAAAAGCCUUCUAAAGAUUUGGAAUCUGAAUGAGUUCACUGGAGUCAUUGGGAUCUUCAACUGCCAGGGAGCAGGGUGGUGUAAAGUUGGGAAGACCAAUAUUAUCCAUGACCUACAACCUGGCACGAUUACAGGAUAUAUCAGGGCCACAGAUGUUGAUUAUUUGCCUAAAGUAACUGAUGAUGGAUGGAAUGGAGAUUCUGUCAUAUAUUCCCAUCUUGGUGGAGAACUGAUCUACCUUCCAAAUAAUGCAACCAUGCCAUUAACUUUGAAGGCACGAGAAUAUGAAGUCUUCACAGUGAUACCUGUAAAGAUAUUGUCCAAUGGGUCUAAAUUUGCUCCCAUUGGUCUAAUCGAGAUGUUCAAUUCCGGAGGAGCCAUCAAGGAAUUAAGGUACCAAUCCGGGAUAAGUGUAAACAUUGAUAUGAAGGUUCGAGGGUGUGGCCUGUUUGGAGCCUAUUCAUCUACUCAACCAAAGAGAAUAACAGUUGACUCAGAAGAAGUAGGUUUUGAAUAUGAAGAUGGAUCUGGUUUAGUGACCCUGUCCUUGAGAGUUCCUGAGGAAGAGUUGUAUCUUUGGAGCAUUACCAUUGAGUUGUGAUGACCUGAUUCUUUGCUCUGCACUAGUAGGAGGUUAGAAAGUCAUUUGCACUUGGAGGGGCCCACGUCUUAGAAGGAAACAAGGCAGGUUGCCAUUGAGUUGGUCAUGGUGUAAAAGGUUCAGAUUCAUAGCAUGGAAUAAGGAGGCAAUGCAUGUAGCUAUUCUCUGCAUGUGUUCUCUUGCAUCAUGCCGGUUUCACCAAGAUAAUUUUGUACUAAUCAGAUCUAUAUGAGCUACUUCUCUCUUUGUUCAUUCAAUCACACUUGCUGAUCAACAACUGGUUCCCUGAAACAAGAGAGGAAAAGGAGUUUCUGAAUAUUACAGAAGACUCUGCAUCAGCAUUUCCUAGGAGAACGUGAGGCAAGGGGUUUGAACACUGUAGCUGCAAAAAGAGGGCCUUGGCUACUCCAGCCAGAUAUCAAUGGAUUGUAAAAUAAAAAAAUGAUAUCAAUAUGAAUUGCAAGUCCAAUAAAAGUAAGGCUGGUUGGUGCAUUCCAGCGGCA